AAUCGCGGUUGAGACGAAGAAAACUACAGAAACAUGUCAAACAGAGCCUUGAGGAAACUACAGGGGAAGUCAGACAUAUUCAUUCCAGAGCUCAAAGAUGAUAGUUCGGAGGAAAAUGCCCCUGACCCAGCUGCCAAGUCAUCGUCCAAGAAAUCCAAGUCACGAAAUUUGGUCACCAACCCAUUCGAACUGCUGAAUGACAGUGUUGGAGAAGACAGCCCAGGAGCUCAGAAUGCCUCAAAUAACAGUGAUCUUACUGAAGAGACAGCGGAGAGUGCAAAUCAGGAGGAUAGUCAAGGGGCCAAUCAAAAUCUGCAGAAAAAGAAAAAGAGGAGGAAAAAGAAAGGGAAAUCAGCAGCCGCAGGAAAGGAAAUGUCACAAACUGUGGAGGAGGACGAAAUUGAUGCAAGUAUCCGUGAGGUAAACAGACUUCUGGGAGAUUUAGGGACCCGUUCACAAGAAGAAGACAGCUCUGAACAGUCACUCAUAACGUCUGACAUGAGAUCUCUGCUGAGUGUGGAACACAAAAAUUUGAUUCCGGACAAUGAGAUGAGAAGAAUAUUUGGUUCCAGAGUAGUACAGGCAGAACAGGUAAAUCGUCGGAGAAAUCGUAAUAGACCCGCCCAUAGAUCCUCCUGGCUGGCCACACCCAAAGAUUCCUGGCCCCCAAUGGGAAAAACAGGUUUAAGCAUGUCACAUCAAGAGUCCCAUCAUGGCAAUCUUUACUUCAACUUUGAGCACAGCACCCAGUACCAACAGAUACAGCGUCAGUUUUGGGAGGCAGUGGACUCCCUCAACCAUCAGAACAUUGUGAAUAUUUUACAGCUGCAACCAUAUCACAUAGAUUCCCUGUUACAACUGAGUGAAGUGUGUAGAAUGUCAGAAGACCUCCAAAUGUCCACAGAGCUUGUCGAACGAGCUUUGUAUAGUUUUGAGGUCGCAUUUCAUCCAUUGUUUAGCCUAACCCAGGGAACCUGUCGUCUAAGCUACAGACGACCAGAAAACAGGGCAUUCUACAUAGCAUUAUUUAGACACUUGUGUUUUGUGGGCCAGAAGGGAUGUUACCGAACAGCUCUGGAGUUCUGUAAGCUUUUGCUAAGUUUGGAUCCUGAAGGAGAUCCCCUGUGUGUCUUACUCAUGAUUGAUUUCUACGCCUUAAAAUCUCAACAAUUCACUUUUUUAGUCCGCAUGUUUGAAGAAUGGGAGGCUCAUCGUAAUCUGUCCCAGCUGCCUAACUUUGCCUUGUCCGUUCCCUUGGCCAUGUUCCAGCUGGCCGGUCAGAAUGGGCAGGAUAUUGCUAAAGCUACAGAAAUGCUGGAAGACAGUGUGCUAAUGUUCCCAGGAGUGCUGUUACCUCUGCUGGAGAAGUGUGGAGUCAGCCCGGACUCGGGGGUCACCAACAGUGCCUUGUUUGGGCAAACAUCACAAUACAGCCCUGAUGCCCUCAAGCAGUUACUUGCGCUGUAUGUAGGGAGGUGCUGGCCAUGUUGGAAGGAGCCUGAGGUAGUGGCAUGGUUAGAGCAGACUGUCAGGUGUCUGUUAGACAAGGUGGAGAAUGGAGAGCCCAGGGUGGAGCAGUACAAUACCAGGAGGAAGACAAGAUAUUGUGGCACACCCAGGAAUAUUUAUCGUCACGUUUUAAUCUCAGAGAUAAAGGAGGCUUUAUCCGUCCUCCCAAUGGAGGUAAACAGUGGAGCUGUAUUCAGUUACGACCCUCUGCCGCCAUUAGACUCUAUAGCCAGUUACGAGAGGCCAGCAAGGCGAACCAGAGCCCAGGAGGAUGGCUAUUUGUCCAUGUUUCUUCGAUCUCUUCUACCAAACUUCAAUCCUGAUGAAGUAGCCCAGGAGCCUGAGGGUGCUGCAGGGGGAGAGCAGGGUAACAACCUGCGGCAGGGUGUAGGGGCCCUGAUGGAUGCCAUGAGGGACUUGCUCAAUAACAUUCGUCCUGUGGACCCCCCUGUAGAGAACCACCAGGGUGAAGACGGAGAGCAGCAUGAUGAACCUCAGGACUGGGACUGACAGUACCUGAAAAUCUGAGAGCUGAUUACUGUGAGAGAAACCGAAUUUGUAUGUUGUACAGAUCCAUGUUAUGUGCAGGUACAGACAAUAGAAUACAGGAAUGAAAUGCUCUGUUAUAAGAGACAGUUACAUAGGCUUUGUCUGUGUGGAAUAUUCUGCAGAUUACAACAGGUGUACCCAGCAGGUCAGGUAACAGAUUGUUACAUGCCAUGUACAGGUACAGACAAUAGAAUUCAGGAAUGAAAUGCUCUGUUAUAAGAGACAGUUA